UCUCUACCAGGGAAAGAGGAGAUGAGCCCUCCAUCUAGUGAGCUCAAUGGAUACUUUGUUGAUAGCUACGCAGAUAGCAAGAAGAAGAACAAGUUACCUGCUUCUCGCCAUCAGGAGGAGCUCUGUUUAGUGUGUGAAGAUCGAGCAUCAGGGUACCACUAUAACGCCCUUACCUGUGAAGGGUGCAAAGGUUUUUUUAGACGAAGCAUCACACGAAAUGCAGUCUACCAGUGCAAGUAUGGUAAUAACUGUGUAAUUGAUAUGUACAUGAGGCGGAAAUGUCAAGAGUGUAGGUUAAAAAAAUGUUUGAACGUUGGGAUGCGGCCAGAAUGUGUGGUGCCCGAGCACCAGUGUGCCAUCAAGCGGGAAUCAAAGAAAAUACAAAAAGAGAAAGAUAAGCCUAACAGUACAACGAGAGACAGUGUUUGUGAAAAGAAUGAUAGAAGUAACCAUGUGAAGCCGCUGGAACCCUCUCAGGAGGAGAUAAUUAACAAGCUAGUAUUGUUUCAAGAAGAAUUUGAAUCUCCAUCAGAAGAAGAUUUGAAAAAGAUUUCUGUAAGUUUUAUAACGGUCACAUUUUUGAAAAUACAGAAGCGUGUCAAAUUUGCCAGAAAAUUCAGAUUAUCAGGAUUUAACAAAACACUGAUAAAGAAAAAACUGAUUUUUGCUUUCCAGGCGUGUUCUAGUGAAGUGAUGAUGUUACGAACAGCUCGGAAGUAUGACGGAAAGACGGACUCGAUUGUAUUUGCUAACAAUCAACCGUAUACAAGAGAGAACUAUCGUAGUGCUAGCGUUGGAGAUUCGGCUGAUGCCCUCUUCACCUUUUGUCGAAAGAUGUGUCUUUUGAAAGUUACCAAUGCAGAAUAUGCUCUGCUUACAGCUAUUGUUAUCUUUUCAGAGCGUCCUUACUUACUGGAACCCAUUAAAGUAGAAAAAAUUCAGGAAUUUUACAUUGACGCUCUUAAGGCAUAUGUGGAUAACUACCGUCCUCCUGGGAAAAACUACUUUGCUAAGUUAUUAUCUGUUCUCACUGAGCUCCGAACUCUGGGUAACAUGAACUCAGAGAUGUGUUUUUCCCUCAAGGUUCAAAACAAGAAGCUGCCUGCUUUUUUAGCAGAGAUCUGGGAUGUCAUGGAGUAAAUGUUUCUAUCGAUCAAAACAUUCAAGUCAUUCCGUGAAGAUCUGGGAUGUCAUGGAGUUAAUUUUUCUAUCCAUCAAAAGUCAUUCCGUGAAGAGUAGUUACUCGUACAUCAUGUUCUGUCAUUGCAGUCCAAGCUGUUGCCUUUGUUCCACAUUUGCUAAUCCUUGAUAUUAUACAUUAUAAAACUAGCUUCCAGUACUGGUGCUCCAGUUGUCUUUUACACUACGUUUAUAGGUAAUAUCACCAAACCACUGUUAGAUGGUGGUUAGGCAACACAUCAGAAAAAGCCUUCUGUUUCUUGAAGUAAAGGUUGUGAUUUUGUCGUUUGACAAAGCAUGAGGUUCUAAACUUAUUUUCUAGAAGAACCAUAGUUCUAAAGGCAACGCACAAGAGAUGUAAGCAGAAGUGUAAAUUCAGCCUGACCACUCACUUGCCUGAAGUAUUCACCCGAUUUGUUACUGGUGCCCUCGUAACAACAGGUGGUAAUUUAUAGAAUAAGUGGAUCAGUUGUGUUUUGUAUUAACAAACUUUCUGUCAGUCUGAUGAUGCUUAUCCAUAGGGUCACCACUAUCAUCAUCAUCUUCGUCAUAAGGUUUUAGCUAUGUCGAACUUUUGAGACUCACUCUUAAUGGCUGGUCCCAGGAUGAGAUCCGAUCAAAGAAUAUUUUCAAUUGCAGCACAUGAAGAGAUGAACAUAACUCACAUUUUUGAGCCCAGUUGCAUGCUUAGGUUUUAGAAAACCUUUUGAUACAGUGAAGUAUAUAAUUCUGAAACAGGAUAUUUGAACUUGAGUUAUCUUGUGAUUGAAGUUAUUAAUGAAAUUCCCAUUGUAAUGUCACCACAACUUUCAUUGUUGUUUCUGCGAUUUUGAGAAAAAGUACUUUUAUAUAAUUAAGCUAGCUUGUUUUUUGAAUGUCAUUCAGUGCUGAUAUAGAAGUAUUGUAAUUUGUAUUUGCUUCUGACAGAGAAAUGUUUCUUCCAAGUUUUGUUACAGGACAGUGAUUUAUGUCUUCAGUUGUUAUCAUAAGUGUAAAUAUACGAGCUAGUUGUUAAGGGAUAUUUCUAGUGGAAUGUUUAUUGAAGUAGAACUAGCACCAAUGAUGUUGAAACCCAAGCUUUAGAACUUAUAUGAAGUUUUCUUUGUUUUAAUAGCUUAAAAGUAGCAAUAAAACUUACAGAUUUCAAAGUGUUUUAUUUUGUACCUAAUUUUAUAUCGUGAAUGAGUUACUAAAAUUAAGAAUGAAAAAAAACGAGUGGAAUAUGACUAAGAAUAUAUGCUAGAUAUUUUAAAAGAUGCACCAUGAAAAUAUCAGAAACGUUCGUGGCUAAACAAAUGUAUAUUAUGGUGAAUGAGUUACUAAAAUUAAUAAUGAAAAAAACGAGUGGAAUAUGACUAAGAAUAUACGCUAGAUAUUUUAAAAGAUGCACCAUGAAUAUUAGAAACGUUCGUGGCUAAACAAAUGUAUAUUAUGAUUCAGAUUCUGUCUACCAGUAUUACCGUACAUGUUUUUUUUCUUGCAGUCUUGUCCUUCAAGAAAAUAUCAUAAUUGAAUAAAAUUACCAGUGGAUAAUAUUUGUGAAAGACAUAAUAUGUAACCUAAUGUGUUAUAGUAAAUAAUAUGAAGUUUAGUACUUGAAUUGUUUACCAACCAUACAGUGGUAAAUGUAGACAUUUCUUCAAGAGAACUUCAUUGGCGUGGUAUAUUAAUAGAAAAGCUGACACCAGAGGCUUUGAGGAAAGUAUUUAUUGUUUUUUGAUCUAACGAGAUCUCACUGUGAUAAAGUGAUAAAACAAACGAACUUCGGUACAAACAAAAAAGUGUUUUUGAUCUGAUAUAUUUAAUAGGUGAUGGAUAUAACUAGUAGUCUUGUUGAGAUGUUAUUUUUUACUACUAAAAAAAUUAAAACUCGAUAAACGACCAAGAUCUUCUAUAAAGAGCUGAGUUCUCUCCUCUUCCUUGCUGGGUUGGCUGAACUUUAUACGGUGUGUAUCAACUACCAGGUUUGUGUACUUAAAGGUUAAUAAGAUGUUAUAUACUGUUAAUUAUUUUGAGAAUUUAUUGUUUUGUUGUUGGUCUUUCAGUACUUUAUGAAGCAAAAUAACGAAAGCAAAGAUGAAAAACGAAAUUGGUAGAUUACUACCUAAUAAUUAAGCAGGGUAAAAGUCAACCAGUUAAAACAGAAAACUGGGUACUAAGGAAAAACAGGGUAACAAUCACACAGGUUUGAAUAAAAAUGGUUACCAAAGUUAUAGUGAGUAAGAAAAACUAUAUAGACAAGACAUAUUGAUGGAGAGAAGGAAUGAGCUUACAGUUUGAGGAGGAUGUUGAAAAUAUCUCAAAAUGAGGAGCAGAUUUGUGAGAAACUUUUCAUUUAAACUCUGAAGCCAGAUAUAAACCAGUGAAAGUUAUUUCUACUUCUCAUCUAUUCAUUAGCUCAUUCUUUCCUUUUGUUUUACUGUUUCUCUUUAAGCUGGUUCUUUUUGUAAGAUGUGAUUAAAACUUUGAAGUUGGCUAUAAAUCGACAUAAUCUGUUUUACUGUUUCUCUUUAAGCUGGUUCUUUUUGUAAGAUGUGAUUAAAACUUUUAAGUUGGCUAUAA